CUGGCUGAGCUGAUCCGCUUAGGAGGCGCGAGAGACGAGCUGCUGAAGCUCCGGGUGUCGCGGGUGCUUUCGGGCUGCUUCUACCUUGGAGGAUCCGGAGGUCCAUGGCCUCGACCACGCUGGCCUGUCGCCCCUUGCUGCAUGUAUCCGCUAGUGGCUGAGCCUUAACUAGCAGCUCUGCUGCCAACGGAGACCUCAGUUAUGUCCGCACAUCUCGCGGGCUGCCGGUCGCGUCCUUUUCCCCUUUGAGUGUUGUGACUGUUCGCAGCUGAGGUCCACAAGACGCGCUGCGUUGUUUCUAUGCUGUCGGAAUCCGAGGGGGACUUGCACGUGUUGGGUUGGUCAGGCAUUGCCAGCCUUGGGAUCCUUUUCAGCCCCUCUGUCCCCUCCCUCCUUCUAGAUGGCUUGCAAACAUGUUAAAACAACGAUUUCCAUAACGCCGUUGGAAGGCACCAGGUCGAGGUUCAAGGGUGAUGGAUACUAUUCUACCCAUUCUGCCUUGCCAAGAUUGAAUAAUGGUUUUUGUCAAAGAACUUUGCAGAGCUGCUAGUGUGUGCAAUUUCUCAAAAGUGCCUUGAACAAAGUUAGACACCUUACCAGCAACAUGGUGCUAUCAUUUCUGAAGUAUGGGGAAGAACUUUUGCUCAUCUUUGCCUUGUCCGUAGCCUCUUCCUGGUCUAAUGACAUUCUCUACCAUGACUAUUGUAUUAUUGGGGCUGGCCCUUCAGGCUUGCAGAUGGCCUAUUUCCUUCAACAUGCAGGUCGGAACUAUGUUGUCUUUGAACGUAGAAAUACACCAGGGUACUUUUUCACCUUGUAUCCCCGUCAUCGAAAAUUGAUCAGCAUCAAUAAACGUUACACUGGCAAAUCAAACAGUGAAUUCAACCUUCGCCAUGAUUGGAACUCAUUGCUUAGCCACAAUAACCAACUGCUUUUUCAACACUACUCUCAGGAUUUCUUCCCUGAUGCUGAUUCUAUGGUGCGUUAUCUGGCUGAUUUUGCUUCCAAACUAGACCUCCAUGUACACUAUAACACAUCCAUUGUACUUGUGAUGCUGGAAAAAGAUCCUAGUGCUUGGAAUGGUCAUUACUUCAUCCUCAGAGACCAAAAUGAUCAGAAUUACAAAUGCAGUGUUCUUUUGGUGGCCACAGGUAUGUGGGUUCCUCACAAGGUGAACUUUCCAGGUUCAGAAUAUGUUGAAGGUUAUGAAUCUGUGUCGAUCGAUCCAAAAGAUUUUGUUGGACAGUCUGUAUUGAUCUUGGGUCGGGGAAAUUCUGCCUUUGAAACAGCAGAGAACAUUCUGGGUGUCACCAAUUUUGUACACAUGGUAGGCCGAUCUCGAGUUCGUCUUUCUUGGGCUACUCAUUACGUUGGAGAUCUGAGAGCAAUUAACAAUGGGCUCUUAGAUACAUACCAGUUGAAGUCUUUGGAUGGACUUAUAGAAGGUGAUCUAGAAGACUUAGUUCUCAUCAAAGACAGAAAAGGAAAGCUGCAUAUCACCCUUCGGUACUAUUUGGAGAACAGCAAUAGCAGUGACCCAGAAUCUGUCACUCUUCCACAGGAUGAAUUAGACAACUUUGCCACUCGUGCACCUUAUGACCGUGCCAUUCGCUGCCUGGGUUGGAAGUUUGACUUUGCCAUAUUCAACAAGUCUGUUGGUUUGAUGCAUGGCAAAGGCAGUAAGAAGAAGUAUCCUUUGAUCAAGCCCAGCUAUGAAGCCAAAGCUACUCGAGGUCUCUUUCUUCUCGGAACUGCAAGCCACUCAGUGGAUUUUAGGAAAUCUGCUGGUGGUUUUAUUCAUGGCUUCCGAUACACAGCCCGUGCAGUUCAUCGCUUACUAGAAGUCCGUCACCACAAAGUGCCCUGGCCAGCCUCCAACAAUCCGGUUGUGCAGUUAACAAAUGCUAUUGUCAGGCGGGUGAAUGAGGCAUCUGGGCUCUAUCAGAUGUUUAGCGUGUUGGCAGACAUAAUUUUGCUGAAAGAGAAUGCUACAAAAUUUGAAUACCUGGAGGAGUAUCCAAUUGGAGUCCUACAAGACCUGGAAUGGCGCACAGGAAGAAAGGUGCAGGAUGGACUUUUUGUCAUUGUGAUGGAGUAUGGAAAGAACUUCUCUGGUCCUGACAAGGAUGUCUUCUACUAUAACCGUGCAGUAGGAGAGCCAGAGCAUGCUUGGCAGUCUAACUUCCUGCAUCCUGUAAUUUAUUAUUAUAAGCAACUUCCCACUGAACGAGAAAUGAGACUUUGCCCACCAGAUUGGCCCUUGCCUCGCCCAGACGCAAUCCAUCAUAUUGUGGAAGAUUUCCUGACUGACUGGACUGCACCAAAUGCACAUGUCCUCCCACUGAGACGUUUCUUGGAGAAUUGCCUUGAAACUGAUUUGCGCAGAUUCUAUGCAGAAUCCUGCUUUCUGUUUGCCUUCACUCACUUGAGGCUGCCUCCCUUCUGCCAGCAAGGAUACAUGAGAAAGCAAGGGCUUGUGGGAACUGAAAAGCUUCAGCAUCACAGAAUAGCAGCAGAGUUGACUGAACAUACAGCUAUGAAGUCUCAAGAUGAACAAGAGAGUGGUGCUAUGCAAUCCCACAACCAGCUGCUGACAAGUACAAAGAUAUCUAGUCAUCAGCUGCAGCAUCUUACAACCACCAAGGAUGAACUUUAGCUUCCACCCAACUAUUUCAAAACUCACAAGCGUUACAGCCACAAUACAUGGCAAAGAUCUGCAGAGGAGCUCCAGCAACCAGUAUUCCUAACCAUUCCUAGAUGAGGACAUCUCAUCCAUACCAUGUUCUUGCACAAAUUUGCAGAUCUUUAUAAACACAAAUGUUUACUUUCCUGGGUGGGAAUGAACAGAUGAGACUUUAAUGGAUACUGUUAGCCUGUAGAGGUGGAAAAUUUUACGCAUUUGAGAAGAGUGAUGUUUCUAGGCCAGUAAGAGUUAAUAGCUGAUCCUGGCUCCUUUUAUACCAGGUUUUCAAGAUGCACUGUUGUUGUCGUCAUUAGUGUGUUCUGUAGAACUGGCAUUGUUGAAUGCCAGCCUGCUUAUUUCAAGACAGAAUGUUCUUGCAUAUUAACAGAGUAUCACUUCUGUUUGCACUAUGCCCCACUUAAUUGAGUUUAAUCAAGUGUUUCCUAUUUUAUGCAUUUUUCAUAUUUUUUAAGGUAAAAGAGGUCUGUACUUCUUUGCACCUUUACCUCCAAUGCAUCGAUUGACUUCCAUUGAGUUGUGUUUAACAAACUGUAAAUAAUCCAAACUCAUUUCUUAUUUAUAUCUUCUAUCUGCUUGGCGGAUAGAAUGAAUAACAUUCAUACAUUUUCUUCUUGUCUCAGCAGAGCACAUAAGAAAUCCUUGUUUUGAUUCCUGUCACACAUUGCCUCAAGAUGAUGCCCUCCAGAUUCAUGAACUACAUUUCCCAAAAUUCUCAGCCAUACAAUGCCAUGGCUAAAAAUUAAGGAAGAAAAAAAAUUACCAAAUUAAACAAGAAGGACCAAAGUUUUGGGAUAGUUCUGCAAUUCGUUGGUUAGAGGUGAGAGAUACAUUCCAAUGUGUUUGAAAGUAUAAAAUUAGAAGAUAGAUAAUACUGGGUUAGAUAUGCCAAUGGUAUUCCUGAACACAAAUUAGGAGUAUUUAUACAAGUCCAAAAAGAUAUUUGAUAUCACUUCUACCAGACAUUUUUGGUUUGGUCGUAUUAACAUAUGUGAAGAUCAUACAAUUCUGUAAUAUAGGAAAAGUGUUAGAGAAGGAAUUAGCUCCAUUACCAAGCUAGAAACUAGUGUAAACUUCAUUUAAUGAUACUGAUUCAUACCAAGCUACCUCCAUUAUUCAACCAUAUUACAUCUAUCUUCAUUCUUGCCUCUUCUUAUUGUCCAGAUAUUGUUGCUAUUUCCUAAAUGUGUAUGAUCAGUACAGAAAACCUGAAUGGAACAUAAUCCACUCCAGCUCAAGCAUGAAUAUUCAAUGACAUACUUUGCAUGGCUGAUACUCAGAUUAAUAUGAAUAUGCAAUUGCAUUGGGAGUUAAGACUGGAUAUUAGUAUGGUUUAUUAAGCAAGGUUUGAGCUGUAUGCAAGGCUUUUCCCCCCCAAAGGUCAGAUUUUGCUACUGUUAAACAGAAAGCAGUGAUAUCUUGUUCUUUUCAGACUACCAUAUACUUACCAUAUACCUUAUUCACUAAAUAUUCA